GAACCUAUCAAUGAACAAGACCAUUGUGUGUUCCUAGAUUACCUUCCUUCGUUUAAUAGCAGCUUCUUGUGAUGGCUCGUCUUCUCUUCCCAACAUCUCAGCUCCGCAAUACCCUCUCACAUGGCGCUACUACCCACAACCACCGCCCUUUCCCAUCUCCCGAGAACCACUUUGCUUAGACACACACACCCGUUCAAGAAAAACACUUCAUUUGCCCUCACGUUUUCAGCUUCAAGAUCAGUUCUUUUUGGCGGGGCUGUUACCAGGACACACUUUCUUGGAGGAAAUAAAAUCUGGGUAUCGUCCAACACCAUGAAUGAAUUCACACAACCUUCUGCUUUCAGAGAUAGAGAGAGGGAUGAUAUCAAGCAAGUGUUCGAACAAGAAGCAUUCAUCGAUGGCUCAACUGAGUUUCAGCCCAACAUUUUGUUCCGUGACAUAGAACCCAGGCUCAAUCGAUUGAGCAAGUGGAUAGUAGCUGUUUCUUUUGGUGGUUUCAUUCUUUGGAGCCAUGAUAUCGAAGAAGCCUUGUGGAUUUUUGCAGGGUCUAUUCUGAAUUCGUUCCUCUCUGUUUUGCUAAAAAAUAUACUGAACCAGGAACGUCCUUCAGCCCUGAAAUCUGACCCUGGGAUGCCAUCUACGCACGCACAAUCCAUAUUCUUUGUUGUCUUCUUCUUUAUUUUCUCAACUAUAGAAUUGCUUGGGCUAAAUGUUUACAGCAUUGUCCUCAGUGGACUGUACUUGACAUGUGGUUCUUAUUUUUCGUACCUAAGGGUAUCACAACAACUUCAUACAAUGAACCAGGUGGUUGUUGGGGCUACAAUUGGUUCCAUUAUGUCUCUUGUGUGGUAUUGGCUAUGGAAUGCUUUUAUUCAGGAUGCAUAUCAAUCCUCUUUGUUUGUUAGGAUCAUUGGUUUAUCGGGUUCUAUAGGAAUUUGCAUUUGUUUUCUUGUAUUUGUGAUCCGUCAUUGGCUUAAAGAUGACUAAAACCACACUAAAUCUGUUGUAGCAUUGCACUAAAUUGUGUUGGUUAAUGAAAUAUCAUUUUGUAUAUCAA